AUGGAGUCGCCGUCAAGUACACGGUCCAGUCCGUCAAAGGUUCUCAAUCCUCUAUCACCGGACCGUAUGAAUCAACAAGCAGUGCCGAACUCACCAUCAUCCGUUUCCGAUGCUCUACGCCAGCAGCGCAAAAGCCAUAGAGGACUCUCCGAUGUCCAAGCCAAGGUCGCAUAUUUGAACAAUUUAGCCCGCAGCGGCAGUCCGGGAGCCGCAGGAGGAUCAACGUCCGCUGGAGGAGCUGCGGCUCUUCAGCGCGCUAUUCUUGGACGGGAGGAAGCAGAAUCGGCUCUAACACGCGUUUCGUCUCAGCUUUCGGAUGCCCAAUCUCGGGAACGUCGGAUAAGCGAAAGGCUCGAGUCACUCUUAGAAGAAUUUCAAUCCGCCAAGGAACGCCAGGCCCACGAGAGAGUUGUUUUUGAGAAAGAAAUACGUAAGGCUCGAAAAGAAGCAUUCCGUGCUGGCUCUACGCUUGUCAAAACACAGGAAGAGCUGAAACACGUGCGAGCCGAGGCGAAGGGUCUAUAUCAAGAAGUUCAGACUGAACGAGAAUCAAAAGAAAAGGCAAAGCAGGAAGCAUUUGAGCGUGCUUAUGCAAUUGCAGGCCUGACAGAGGAGCUCGAGGAGCUCAAAGGACGAUUACGAACGGCAGAAGCCACCAACCAUGCGAUUACCCUUCAACACGCGCGGGCACGAGAGAUCAAGAAGCAAAAUCUCAAUAGAAUGUCGCUGGCAGAAGGGGAUCUUGCUUUGAUAAUGACCCCCAGCCCUCGGAAGCCUAAGCGGUCCGCUGAAGACAUGAAUGAUACGCCCGCGCCGAUGACAACAGAACCAACUGCACAUGAAGAUACACCGCCAAAGAAAUUAAUAAGAUUAUCUGACCCAUUACCUCCGCAGUACACUCAGCAAUUCGAAUGCGCACCCCCUCUUACAGUACAUGAGCUUGUUGAGAGAUUGCAAGAUGACCUCAAAUGGGAGCAAAAGCAAAGAGCUGAUGCAGAAGAUAUGGUCGAGUUUAUGCAGGUCCAGUGUAUGUUCAAGGUGUGCGGCUGCCGCGAACUUGAAAGGCUAGAAAAUGAGGCCCGCGCAAAGAAACAGGCCACAAUAUCCCAGAAGCAUGAAGCGCAAGAAGAAACGGAAGAUGUGAAAAAGCAGGAGCGGGAAAUCGUUGAGCCCGAAGAGAGUACCCUCCGACAAGCAAAUGAUGGAUCGUUAGGAAUGGUAGCCGAAACGAACGAGGUCCAACAAGCGGAACCCGAAGUGGGACCGCAGGAGGAAUUGCAAGAGGACGCUCAAGAAGAACCCCAUGAGAGGCCCGAGGAGGAAAAGCAGCAGGAACAACCUGCGGAGGAAGAAUCCCAUGAAGAGGUCGGAGAACCGGUCAUCACAUUCUCACCGGCUACUGGAACUUUCCGCACAAUCCCCUCGCCCCUUCGACCCUCGCCACAGAAGCAGCGUCGAGAUUCCAACGCCGAUGAUUCACAAUCUUCGCCAACCAGAUCUAAAAGUAGGCCGGAAGCACAUUCUGCCUCUUCCGGUUCUGUUCCGAAGUAUGAAACCCAUCCACAUGAAGUAUUGCAUGCAUCGAUUCCUCAAAGCGAAGCUUAUACCAGAGAUUUGACUCCAGGAGCUCGUCAUUCUCCAAUGACCGCUGAAGCGCUGUCGCAAACCAAACACGACAACUUGGAUUAUGUGGAUAAUGGGAAUGAAAUCCACAACGUGCAGACGGUUCCUUUGCGAACCGAGGACGAGACGCCAGGUGACUUCGCCGUUGCCCCAGGCACGCCUGUCAGCAGGGAGAAAGCACUAGCCCAAAUAAGAGCUCGACGUGGGAGGACCAGUGCCACGAAGAGAUCUGUCAGCGCUAGCGACGCUGGCUUUCGUGCUGGGGGGCUGAAUGUUACUCCGGCACGAGUGGCUCGGAGGAUCCCUGGUGUUCAACAUACUGAUCCACGAGGUAUCGGCGUCAAGAAGACCCGCAGAGAUAUGAGUGCUCCAAUGAGGGUAUUCCGCUGA